GGCGCCGCCGCUUGGGUCGCUCGGCCGAGCGGGCGCGGACAUCAUGUACGGGUUCGUGAAUCACGCUUUGGAGCUGCUGGUGAUCCGCAACUACGGUCCGGAGGUGUGGGAGGACAUCAAAAGAGAGGCACAGUUAGAUGAAGAAGGGCAGUUUCUUGUCCGAAUAAUAUACGAAGAUUCUAAAACAUAUGAUCUGGUUGCUGCCGCAAGCAAAGUCCUCAAUCUCAAUGCUGGAGAAAUCCUCCAAAUGUUUGGGAAGAUGUUUUUCGUCUUUUGUCAAGAAUCUGGUUAUGACACAAUCCUGCGUGUGCUGGGAUCUAAUGUCAGAGAAUUUCUGCAGAACCUCGAUGCCCUGCACGACCACCUUGCUACCAUCUACCCGGGCAUGCGAGCACCUUCCUUUAGGUGCACCGAUGCAGAGAAGGGCAAAGGGCUCAUCCUGCACUACUACUCAGAGAGAGAAGGCCUGCAGGACAUUGUCAUCGGGAUCAUUAAGACGGUAGCUCAGCAGAUCCACGACACUGAAAUAGACAUGAAGGUUAUUCAGCAAAGAAACGAAGAAUGUGAUCAUACUCAAUUUUUGAUUGAAGAAAAAGAGUCAAAAGAAGAGGAUUUUUAUGAAGAUCUUGACAGAUUUGAAGAAAAUGGUACCCAGGAAUCACGCAUCAGCCCAUAUACCUUCUGCAAAGCUUUUCCCUUUCACAUCAUAUUCAACCGGGAUCUCGUGGUCACUCAGUGUGGCAAUGCCAUCUACAGAGUCCUUCCCCAGCUCCAGCCUGGGACCUGCAGCCUCCUGUCUGUCUUCUCCCUGGUCCGUCCUCAUAUUGACAUCAGUUUCCAUGGGAUCCUCUCACACAUCAAUACGGUCUUCGUACUGAGAAGCAAGGAAGGGUUGUUGGAUGUAGAGAAAUCAGAGUGUGAGGAUGAACUGACGGGCACUGAGAUCAGCUGCUUACGGCUCAAGGGCCAGAUGAUCUACUUACCUGAAGCAGACAGCAUACUUUUCCUGUGCUCACCAAGUGUCAUGAACCUGGACGACCUGACCCGGCGAGGGCUGUACCUGAGCGACAUCCCCCUGCACGAUGCCACGCGGGACCUCGUGCUGCUGGGGGAGCAGUUCCGAGAGGAGUACAAGCUGACCCAGGAGCUGGAAAUCCUCACGGACAGGCUGCAGCUCACACUGCGUGCCCUGGAAGAUGAAAAGAAGAAGACAGACACGUUGCUGUACUCUGUCCUUCCUCCGUCCGUGGCCAACGAGCUGAGGCACAAGCGUCCGGUGCCUGCGAAGAGGUACGACAACGUGACCAUCCUCUUCAGUGGCAUCGUGGGCUUCAAUGCCUUCUGCAGCAAGCAUGCGUCUGGGGAAGGGGCCAUGAAGAUUGUCAACCUCCUCAACGACCUCUAUACCAGAUUCGACACUCUGACGGAUUCCCGGAAAAAUCCAUUUGUUUAUAAGGUGGAAACGGUCGGUGAUAAGUACAUGACGGUGAGUGGGUUACCAGAGCCCUGCAUCCACCAUGCACGUUCCAUUUGCCACCUGGCUUUGGACAUGAUGGAAAUUGCCGGCCAGGUCCAGGUAGAUGGUGAAUCUGUUCAGAUAACGAUAGGGGUUCACACAGGGGAGGUAGUCACCGGUGUCAUAGGACAGAGGAUGCCUCGCUAUUGUCUUUUUGGAAAUACUGUCAACCUCACAAGCCGAACAGAAACCACUGGACAAAAAGGAAAAAUAAAUGUGUCUGAAUAUACAUACAGAUGUCUCAUGACACCAGAAAAUUCAGACCCACAAUUCCAUUUGGAGCACAGAGGCCCAGUGUCCAUGAAGGGCAAAAAAGAGCCAAUGCAAGUUUGGUUUCUAUCCAGAAAAAUUACGGGAACAGAGGAAACAAAGCAGGAUGACAACUGAAUCUUGGACCUUGAGGUGAAGAGGACGGGGUGAGGUCCAGUCUUCCCCUAACUCCUGCCAAGCCUGGGAGCAGUCAUUCCCUUGGUCCUUUUCCAUUUCCCCAGGCCUUUCUCCUGGUUAUCUCUUUCCUUAUUCAUUAUUCAGCUUUAGCUCUGCUUGUGAGUAUUUUCAAGGUUUAGUAUAUUAUCUGAAGUUUGGCUUCGUGUGGGUGAUGUGAGCUUCAUGUGUCUUAAAAUCUACUCCAAGCAUCACCUAACAUGGUGACUUGCAAGUAGUAGACACCCAAUAAAUAUUUGUUGAAUUUAAUUAAAUGAAACAGAACAGUAUUUGGCCAUGUCUCUCUCUCUCUCUCUCCCUCUCUCUCUCUCUCUCUCUCUCUCUCUCUCUCUCUCUCUCUCUCUCUCUAUAUAUAUAUAUAUAUAUAUAUACACACACACCCCAUGGUUUUCCAUAUCUGUUCAGUGCUCUCUAUAUAUGCAUAUGUAUAUUUUAAUGACUAUAACAUAUAAAAAAGUUUUGUCAUGUUGGUGUAUAUCAUUAUAGAAAUCAUUUUCUAAAGGAGUGAAUUCAGAAUUUUAGGGAAAAAAUGCAAUUUAUUGUCAGACUCCCCAAAUAAGAAUUAAUAUAUCAUGCUAAGAAAAUACUCACUAGUUUGAAUUAUGCUCACUUUCCUUCAGAAAUAGAGAAUGCACAUCUCUGUUAUUAAACUAUUGGGUUGUUCACUCAGAUCCCGUGGCAAUUAUAAUUCCUCUAAAACGCUGUCGUUUGCAUUGUGCCCCUUGUGUAAUUAUAAGUCUCACUACUCCCGUGCAGCUGUUAGAGCGGCACUGUUUCACAAUGAGCUAUUGCGUUAGUUUGGGGUAAACGUUAGGGGCUCUGACCACAUCCAAGGAAAAAGCUGGAAGCAUGGCUGGGGUGUUCCUGUUCGUCAGAGCCCCUGCUGGCCCUUUAUUCCCAGAAAUUAGCUCCUUUAUCUUAGCUUACAAGAAUGUGACUAUAUCCAGGGCAUCGUGUUCAGAAAACUUACUUUAAUUCCAACAUAGAACGCAUUCCUGUUGGACUCGUUAGCCUGUCGUCCUUCAGUAUCUCUGAUAAUUUAUUAACAUCUAUCUUUAUAAAAUAUAGUACAAUUACUUCGGUGUAAAAAUGUUUGUCUUUAAAUUUAGCAUUUCCUAUCAGCACAUUGAUAUUUGUGUAAAAUGUUCUGUGUUCAUGUGUAAGAGAUCCUGCAAUAAAUUAUUUUUUCCACUUGU